UUCUUCCCAUGUUGUCAGUCAUUUAUCAUCACCUCAGACAGGAAAUCAUAAGAUCACUCACAAGCUGUUAAGCUACCGACAUGAAGCCUCUGGUUUGGCUGCCUCUCCUGCUAGUUCAUCUGGUCGAUACAGGAAGCACACAAAAAUCAGACAGCUGCUUUUCUCCAUCGACGAAGGAAAUAUGGAAAACUGCAGGACAAAAAGCUGUUUUAAGUUGUUGUGUUAAGCCAAAAAAAUCACCUGAAAGCCUAAAGUUUGAAUGGUUUUUUGUUAAAGAAGGUUCUCACCAGCUUCUUAUACGUAAUGCAAAGUACAAUCGGAAUGGAGGCUCUUUAGAAAUUAAUUCUCUUAAUGUCAGCGACACUGGGAUCUACCUAUGCGCUGCAACAAAAGAAGGAACAGGGGACUGCGACCUGCCAUUUGUAUGUGAGGGAACAACUCUGAUAGUGGAAGCAUCGGUCACAGCAAUGGUGAAAAAAUUUCUUCUGUGGUUCUCAUUUACCCUCCUGGCCAUCUAUUGCGUGUCUAUAGUGACACUUAUUGUUGUAAGGAAGCAAGGCUUUAACCUGAAAUUUUGCAAAAGGACAUCUAAAACCGAAACGAAUAGCUUAAAGAAGAAAACACAGUUCAGAGACGUGGUGCAAGAACUCCACAGCAGGGUGAACCUGAGCAAAAGGAAACCAAGUACAAGAGGAAACAACUCCCAAGUUGAGGCAGCAAGUGAGGAUGGUAUCAUAACUACUGACGACAUCUAUCAAAAUGUCUGAGGUUGAUCUAAAAACUGCUUCAGGAGGAUAUCGCAAAGCUAUGAAACAUGUCUGACUCAAAAGGAAUGAUGAAUAAGUCAGUACACUGGUUCGUUUUUUUGCUCAAGCUUGCCAGUGAAAUGAGAGAAACAUUUUCUGCACAGUAAGGGUUCUAAGUCAGGGUUCUUAGCGGCUUAUCAUUGACCAUCUUUCUGUGCAGGCCUGUUUACACUUUCUGCUCCGAUCAACUAGUCCCUGCAAGUUUGUUUCUGAGUUGUAACUGGGGGAGUUUCUGCAUGACAGAAGGUGGACUAAAUGUGAAAUAUUAAUAUGGAUUAUUCUUAAUAAAAUAUUAAGUUCUAAAAAGGGCAUGCAUAUCUGAUCGCUGGUUUUAAACAGCAACAUUAGGAAAACAUGAGGAAUAGAGUAGAGUAUAGCUCCUAAGAUGUGAUAAGCACUGGUAGGGCCAAGAAGCCUUUUUGUAGAG